AUGGCUGAUUUGCGUGAACAGCGCGCGGCCGUCCAGUUUUGCUUCCUGCUCGGGAAAACGGGCACGGAAACCCUCGAGAUGCUGAAAACAGCUUACGAAGGUGAUGCUUUAGGGAAAACUGAAGUAUUUGAGUGGUUUUCCCGUUUCGAAAGUGGUGAAAUGUCGAUAGACGACCAAGCUCGCUCUGGACGUCCUUCGGCGGCGCGAACCGACGAAAAUGUAGAAAAAAUGCACAAAAUUAUCCUGGAAGAUCGACGGCGAACCAUCGAAGAAGUAGGGGAGAGAUCCGGCGUGACAUGGAGUUCAAUACAGAGAAUUUUAAGUGAAGAUUUGGGGAUGAGACGGGUGGCUGCGAAAUUUGUUCCUCGACUGAGCUAACUGAGCAGCAAAAACAAGGCCGCGUGGAAUCAUGCUCUUCUUCGAAAGAAGAAUUCAAAAAUGACCCGAACUUCUUUUCCGAGGUCAUUACAGGUGACGAACCAUGGUGCUAUGGAUACGAUCCUAAAACCAAGCAACAAUCGAGCCAAUGGAAGACUCCAGCAUCGCCUCGCCCUAAAAAAGCUCGUCAAGUGAGGUCAAACAUUAAGACAAUGGUCAUUUGUUUUUUUGAUGNCAAAUUUUGCUUCCUGCUCGGGAAAACAGGCACAGAAACCCUUGAGAUGUUGAAAACAGCUUACAAAGGUGAUGCUUUAGGGAAAACUAAAGUAUUUGAGUGGUUUUCCCGUUUCAAAAGUGGUGAAAUAUUGAUAGACGACCAAGCUCGCUCUGGACGUCCUUCGACGGCACGAACCAAAAAAAAUAUAGAAAAAAUUCACAAAAUUAUCAUGGAAGAUCGACGGCAAACCAUCGAAGAAGUAGUGGAGAGAUCUGGUGUGACAUGGAGUUCAGUACAGAGAAUUUUAAGUGAAGAUAUGGGUAUGAAACGGGUGGCUGCAAAAUUUGUUCCUCGACUGCUAACUGAGCAGCAAAAACAAAACCGCGUAGAAUCAUGCUCUUCUUUGAAAGAAGAAUUCCAAAAUGACCCAAACUUCUUUUCCAAAGUCAUUAAAGGUGACUAUCGUGGUGCUAUAGAUAUGAUCCUAAAACCAAGCAACAAUCGAGCCAAUGGAAGACUCCAGCAUCGCCUCGCCCUAAAAAAGCUCGUCAAGUGAGGUCAAACAUUAAGACAAUGGUCAUUUGUUUUUUUGAUGUGAGAAGAGUCGUCCAUUCGGUGUUUGUUCCACCUGGUCAGACGGUUAACCGGGCAUUUUACCUAGAGGUGUUGAAAAAAUUACGCAACAGUUUGAGGCGAAAAAGACCCGAUUUGUGGCAGUUAGGAGACUGGUUUUUUCAUCACGACAAUGCUCCUGGUCACACAGCCCAAUCUGUACGGCGGUUUUUUACCAAAAAUGAUAUGGCCACUGUGUCCCAUCCACCCUAUUCACCCGACCUGUCUCCCUGCGACUUCUUUUUAUUCCCCAGAAUGAAAAGGAACAUGAAAGGAAAGCGUUUCGCGGACAUUGAUGAAGUAAAAAAAAAAAACGACGGAGGCGUUGGCAGACAUCACAAAAGAUGA